UAGAUAUACCUCAAAUCUCCACUAUUUUCUAAAUGGUCCAUACUACAUACCUACAUACAUACAUACACACCCACCUAUCAACAUACGCCUAUUUACGGAUACGUACUAAGAACAGACUGACAAUGGACAAACCACCAAAAGAAAAAUCCCAAAUGUCCACCUCCAGAUCAAAACCUUCACACAGCGCGCUGCAGCCCCAGCUACAAGAGCAGGCGAAGCAGCUACGGAAUACAGUGCGGGACCCGCUGGCGACACAGCCGAGGAGUCGAACGUCAGGACCGCACGAGGUACAACCCGGGGAUAUCUUCGCAGAGUCCCGGACACAGGAAGAUAUGAAGAGUAAUAAGAGCGGGGAUGGCAGUGGGGAGGAGAAUGUUGUUGAUGAGCGGUGGAUGAUGGGGGAGGGAGAUACCAAGGAGCAGGAAGGGGAGGACUUGAGGUUGAGGGAUAAGAAGUAUGUGGAAUUGGCCAGUCCGCCGUGUUAUGCUCCGAUGUUUGAUGAGGAUUAAUGACUUAGGGAUGUUUGACAGCGAGACUGGUCGAUUUGCAGACAGGCAGUUUAUGGAGUUGUUGGGUUGGGUUGGGUUUGAGGUUUGUGCUGUGAUGAGAUUGAGCUGCUGCUGAUAGAAUGGAUAAUGCAAGGAACCAGCAGAUACUUUACUGCAUGAACAGAAUGUGUGAUAUGCAGAUAAUAUCAUGACAGUGUGCAUUAGUGAUUUGUGACAUAAUUCCGGGCGAUCCGAGCUGUGAUCCAACCAGUCUGGGGAUGUUGGAUCGGUUCUCGGCACGCCAGGGGUGAACCAUGGAUGAACUCAGGGAAUUCUUGACUUUAUGUCCUGGUGAUAAUAGCGUAAUUCAUACCACCUUAGUAUAACUCUUUCAACUCCUCCAAGCUCGCCAGCUUAUCUCCGG